CUGGAGGCUCCCCGGCUGCGCUUGCUGUCUCCGGGCUGCAGCGCCGGGAGAGGCGUCCUCCAGGCGGCCGCGGAGCAGGGGCCCAGCGCGGCGCGGCGGUGGUGACUGCAGGGAGCCAAGGAGGAGCGCAACCAAGCUGUGUACAUCUGAAGCUCCAACCUGUGCUUGUUCAGGCCAGUGGAACCUCUCUCAGCACCAGGGAUAAGCCAGCGCCCAGCUGUCGCAGGUUUGCUGGGAUGGGAAACCUGCUCAAAGUCCUGACCAGGGAAAUUGAAAACUAUCCACACUUUUUCCUGGAUUUUGAGAAUGCCCAGCCCACAGAAGGGGAGAGGGAGAUCUGGAACCAGAUCAGCGCCGUGCUGCAGGACUCCGAGAGCAUCCUCACUGACCUGCAGGCCUACAAGGGUGCCGGGCCUGAGAUACGAGACGCAAUUCAAAACCCCAAUGAUAUCCAGCUUCAAGAAAAGGCCUGGAACGCAGUGUGUCCCCUGGUGGUGAGGCUGAAGCGCUUCUACGAGUUCUCCAUCCGGCUUGAGACAGCCCUGCAGAGCCUGCUGGAGUCCCUGACGUGCCCUCCCUACACACCAACCCAGCACCUGGAGCGCGAGCAGGCCCUGGCCAAGGAGUUCGCGGAAAUCUUGCACUUUACACUUCGAUUUGAUGAGCUGAAGAUGAGGAAUCCGGCCAUUCAGAAUGACUUCAGCUACUACCGAAGAACAAUAAGUCGUAAUCGUAUCAACAACAUGCAUCUAGACAUUGAGAAUGAAGUUAAUAAUGAGAUGGCCAACCGAAUGUCCCUCUUCUACGCAGAAGCCACGCCCAUGCUGAAAACCCUGAGCAAUGCUACCAUGCACUUUGUCUCUGAGAACAAAACCCUGCCAAUAGAAAACACCACGGACUGCCUCAGCACGAUGACAAGUGUCUGCAAAGUCAUGCUGGAAACUCCGGAGUACAGGAGCAGGUUCACGAGUGAAGAGACGCUCAUGUUCUGCAUGCGGGUGAUGGUGGGGGUUAUCAUCCUCUAUGACCAUGUGCACCCUGUGGGAGCCUUCUGCAAGACGUCCAAGAUCGACAUGAAGGGCUGCAUAAAGGUUCUGAAGGAACAGGCUCCAGACAGUGUGGAGGGAUUGCUGAACGCCCUCAGGUUCACUACAAAGCACUUGAAUGAUGAGUCAACUUCCAAACAGAUCCGAGCAAUGCUGCAGUAGGAGUCCUGCGAGAAGAGGAUCCGUGCUGACCUCAGAAGAUGUAUAUGUUUACAUAAUUUAAUACAAAUUGAUGUUAAUACUUGUGUAUUUACACAACCAUUUCCUUUGUGUCCCUGAAAUAUAUGGACCUUAAUUUGUACCCUGACUGACUCAGCCCAGCAGAGUAUAAAUCAACUUGAGAGCCUUACCUUUGACAUCUGAAACAAAACCCUUUCUCCCAAGGCUAGACAUGGAGAAUUUGAUCUCAUCCUGGAGCCCUUCAAUGAUAUUCUUAACAAUCACAAAUUCCUAAUAGUU